AUGGCGGUCGCCAAGACGAAGAAGGCGCAACAGAAGCCAUGGACGACUGCUUUUGACACCAAGAGGCGACACGACCUCUUUUCUAACCCGCCCAAGGACAGCACGGCUUACCCCACGCUUGCCGCAGCUGUAGACCCCCACAUCAACUCCUUCAACAGCAUAUUCGCUGCAGGCGGACAGCUUGAAGAAGCACUCAAGGACAUCGGUACCAAGGUCUUCCUUGAUGGCAACCCGUAUGCGCGGCCCGAAGAGGUCGGCCAGAGGAACAGGCUCUCUGUGCGCAUACAGGACGUCUUCCUCGACAAGUCCGUCCUGCCGCCUUCGAACAAGGUUGCGCUUAAGAACCGCAACAUCUUGCCUGCCGAAUGCAGAGAGCGACAUGCCACCUACCGCGGCAAGUUGCGCGCACGCCUUGAGUGGAAGGUCAACAAUGGCGACUGGCGAGAGGAGGUGUGCGAUCUUGGCGCCGUUCCCAUCAUGCUGAGACUCGUCAAGGCGAAGGAGGAGAGCGAAGAGCUUGGUGGCUAUUUCAUCGUGAACGGCAUCGAAAAAAUCAUACGAAUGCUGCAGGUGAACAGGCGCAACUUCCCCAUGGCUAUCAAGCGAGGCGCCUUUACAAACCGCGGCCCCGGCUACACGCAAUACGGUAUCCUUCUCCGCUCUAUGCGCCCCGAUCAGACGUCACAGACAAACGCUCUGCAUUAUCUGAGUGACGGCAACGUCAACCUGCGGUUCUCGUGGAGGAAGGCGGAAUACCUUGUGCCCGUCAUGAUGGUCCUGAAAUCUCUAGUGGAAACAAACGACCGGGAGAUCUUCGAGGGUCUGGUUGGCGCAGCUGGCUCAGAAGGGCUUGCAGAAAAACAGUUUGUGACCGAUAGAGUGGAAUUGCUGCUCCGGACGUACAAGGUGUAUGGGUUACACUCGAAAGCAAAGACGCGGGCAUACCUAGGACAGAAGUUCAAGGUCGUACUACAGAUCCCAGAGGACACCAGCGACGAAGAAGCCGGUACUGAAUUUCUGCGAAGAAUUGUCCUGCCGCAUUUGGGCGCAUACCACAUUACACCCGCUCAGGAUGCUGACAAAUUCCGCAUGCUCUUGUUCAUGAUUCGGAAACUAUACUCCUUAGUGGAGGGCGAAUGCUGCGUGGACAACCCUGAUGCAGUGCAAAAUCAAGAAAUUCUGUUGGGUGGCCAGCUGUACGGCAUGAUCAUGAAAGAGAGACUAGACGACUGGCUCCAAUCGAUGCGUCCAGUUCUGCAAGACUGGGGACGUCGCACAGAGUGGAGGCCGUUCACAUCACAAGAGUUCCAGAAAGACUUCAUCUCGAAAAUCUUGCGAAGAUCCCAGACAGACAUCGGACGAGCCAUGGAGUACUUUCUGUCUACCGGCAACCUGAUCAGUCCCACGGGUCUUGAUCUGCAGCAGACUGCUGGUUUCGUCGUCGUGGCAGAGAAGAUCAAUUUCUACCGUUUCAUCAGUCAUUUCAGGAUGGUACACAGAGGCGCCUUCUUUGCGGAGCUCAAAACGACUACAGUCCGAAAACUGUUGCCGGAAAGCUGGGGCUUCAUGUGCCCUGUUCACACCCCCGACGGAGCGCCAUGUGGGUUGCUCAACCACUUUUCUCACAAAUGCAAAUUGGCGACACAGAACGUUGAUGUUUCAGCGAUCCCCAAGCUGGUCGCACAACUGGGCGUAUCUAGCAAGUCAUCCGCCUCAAUCGAGGCGAGUGUGGUCGUACAGCUGGAUGGUCGCGUCUUGGGCUUCUGCUCGCCAAAGCAAGCCAAAGUCAUUGCGGACACGCUCCGAUACUGGAAGGUCGAAGGCUCGCAUAACGUGCCGCUGGAGAUGGAAAUCGGUUAUGUUCCAAACUCAAACGGUGGCCAAUAUCCUGGUGUUUACAUGAUGUCGCAAGUCGCACGCAUGUACCGGCCUGUCAAGUAUCUCCCGCUCGAUAAACUCGACUAUGUGGGGCCCUUCGAGCAACCAUACAUGUCGAUUGCGUGUACAGACGCCGAGAUUGUGUCAGGCGACUCAACGCAUGUCGAGUACGACCCCACCAACAUCUUCUCGAUCGUCGCGAACAUGACACCAUUCUCCGAUUUCAACCAGUCUCCACGUAACAUGUACCAAUGUCUGUCCGCUGACCAUGAAGUGCUCACCAGCACUGGCUGGAAAGCUCUUCCAGCGAUCAAGGAUGCGGAUCAGGUAAUGACACUGGAUCUUCAAACAGGCACUCAGCAAUGGAACUCUGUCCAGGCUACUACCCGCUUCGCUCGCGAGGGAUCUCUCUACAGACUCAAGAGUGACGAUAUGGAUGCUGUCUGUAACGAGAGUCAUCGCUGGUAUCUCAAUACGAAGGACCAGCCUACUACCUAUACAGCAUUUACCACACAGCAGAUGUUGGACAACCAACUAGUUGCACUCAGAAAUUCUUCUGGUAAAGCAACAGAUCAGUGGAAUCAUGAGUCCGGCACAACUACCCAUACCAAUCACAACAUCCCUACUGUCGGACACAAUGGAAAUGUCAUGUUCUCGUGGCCGGAUUGUCCCUGGCUUCCCAGAGAAUUUGUCGCGGACGAAGCGUGCAAUCUGGACUGGUGUCGAUUCAUUGGGCUUGUAAUGGGUGAUGGUAGUAUCGACCACGUUACCGAUGCUCAAGGUCAAGAGCAUUAUUCCAUCCAGAUCCAUCAGCGUGCCGGAAAUCCUGCUUCUAAUGCCAACACCGAGGACGUUCUGGAGCGCCUGGCUGCGAAGCUCCCUAACUUCGUGGUACACCCAUCAUGCGUGUCUGGCGCCGAGGAGAAGCACACCUGGACCAUUAAUCACCGCGAUAUGUACCAUUUCUUCCUUCCUAUGAUGCGCGGACCGCAAUCGUCAGACAAUGAGCCUAUUAUACCUGUCCCUGCAGACUGGAAGACCGGCAACUGGUGGCAUCUUCGACGCUGGAUUAAUUACCCUUGGCUCUUUUCACUGGCCCAAAGUCAGGCUCGAGCCAUGAUCAAGGGUAUGGCGGCUGCCAAUGGCGACUGGAGCCUCUCAUUGAAAGCGCGAUUGGACACUGGCGACAGUGGUGUCGUGCGGGUAUUCAGUAACUCGAUCCCGCUGAUGCACGACAUGUCUGUGCUGGGCCUUUUGGCUGAUACUAGAGUCAACAUCGGUGUCGACCACAAAAAGGGGCAAUGCAGUUACAAGUACCGCGAUCUCGCCGUGGCCGCUCCCAAGCCGGAGGCAUACGACAAUCCUCGCCAUGAUGGGUUUGUCUAUUGUUUGACAGUGCCCAAUGGCAAUUUCUUAGCUCGACGAACUGUUGAAUAUAGCGAUAACGACAAGAUUCAGGAGGUUAUCGAUGCAGCGCAGAAGCCUUUCUUCACAGGAAACUGUCAGAUGGGUAAGCAAUCCAUGGGUACACCUGGAACAGCCAUGCGCUACCGAACCGACAACAAGACCUACCGAUUGCAGACUGGCCAGACACCUGUUGUGCGACCACCCCUCCACAACGAAUAUGGCUUCGACAAUUUCCCGAACGGGACCAAUGCCGUUGUGGCGGUCAUCUCAUACACCGGAUACGACAUGGACGACGCCAUGAUAUUGAAUAAAUCCGCACAUGAGCGCGGUUUUGGUCACGGAACAAUCUACAAAACGAAGAUUUGCGAUCUUGAGGAGGGCGCUCGGCGAAACCGGUCCGGCAGGACAAUCAGCAAGCUUUUCGGCUUCGCGCCAGAUAGUCUUGUCCCGGCUAGCAGGAAGGAGACACUUGAUGAGGAUGGCUUGCCCCGUAUCGGCACAUUGCUUCGCAAUGGUGAUGCUAUUGCCGCUUGGCAUACCGUCUCCUACGAUGCUGCAUCCGAUGACUACGUCAACCGUGACGCCAACACAAACUACUUCAAAUACAAAGAAGACGAACUCGCCUUUGUCGAAGAAGUCCGCAUCAUCGGCUCUGAAGAUGGAACUCAGCCUUGCCAAAAGCUCUCGAUCAAACUUCGUGUUCCCCGUUCGCCCGUCAUCGGUGACAAGUUCUCUUCUCGCCAUGGCCAAAAAGGUGUCUGCUCACAAAAGUGGCCGUCAAUUGAUAUGCCCUUUUCUGAAUCUGGUAUUCAGCCCGACGUCAUCAUCAAUCCUCACGCUUUCCCAUCUCGAAUGACGAUUGGUAUGUUUGUCGAGUCGCUCGCCGGAAAAGCCGGUGCGCUCCACGGUAUCGCGCAGGACUCCACGCCAUUUAGAUUCGACGAGCAAAACACCGCUGUCGACUUCUUUGGCCACCAGCUUAUGAAAGCAGGAUACAACUACUAUGGCAACGAGCCCAUGUAUUCUGGUAUCACGGGCCAGGAACUCGCUGCCGAUAUCUAUAUUGGUGUUGUGUACUAUCAACGUCUGAGGCACAUGGUCAACGAUAAAUACCAAGUGCGUACUACUGGUCCUAUCAACUCGACUACUGGACAGCCCAUCAAAGGAAGGAAGAAGGGUGGAGGUAUUCGUGUUGGUGAGAUGGAAAGAGAUGCGCUCAUUGCUCACGGUACGGCUUUCCUACUCCAGGACCGUCUGAUGAAUUGCUCGGAUUACACAAAAGCGCCUAUCUGCCGCGAGUGCGGAUCCUUCUUAUCAACAGCCCCAACGGUCAGCGAGUAUGGACGCAAGAAGGACCGAGGCGCUCAGCUCACGAUUCGAUGCCGCCGAUGCGCAAAGCCUGCCGAUGGAAUCACAAAUAAGGCGGAUGUCUGGAUGGACGGACAGGGUAUGCGUUUCCAAGGUGGCGAGAACAUUGGUGUUGUGGCUGUUCCCGGUGUUUUGAAGUAUCUGGAUGUUGAAUUGGCGAGUAUGGGCGUGAAGUUAAAGUUCAAGGUGGAGCCGUAA